CGCUUCGCCAGCGCCAUCUUUUAGAUUACGGUGGAACUAGAUUGACGACUCUCAGCCGUCGGUCUGGCGGAGCGUUGGGUCGAUGGUUGGCGCCGCCAUGUUGAAUGUCAGAAUACUUUUGAUUUUCAACGAGCGCACCACGUCACCGACGAAUCGCUUUUGUUCUGCGUAAUCUUGCAUCAUUUUUGAUUGAAAGUGUUUAAAAUUAAGAGAAUAAGAGAUUUCCUAUCUACCAGUGUCUUUAUUUUGUGGAAAAUCGUUUUGAUUAGACAUUAAAUAGCAUAUGAUUGUGAAGUGAGUUAUUCUUUGGCUAUUUCCUAAUAAUCCACCAAACCUUAUCACUAUGGGUGAUUCUAAUAAAGGCGGGGAACCGCCUACAUCAGAAGUGCGAGAAAUCCCGCCCGAAUUGCAGUCUGAGAAAAAGCCACCAGAUGAAAAUAGUGCAGUGAAAUUUUUAAAUAACAUGGAAGCGCUAUUUACCCGCAUGUUGGCAUCACCGCAGGCUUCGACUAUUGGUUCUAGCUCUCAGACCGGCAUAGUGAAAUUAGUGCAAUUUAACCCUGAGGAUGUCGACGCGGAUAUAGAAGGUUGGUGCAAGGUUACUGAACUUAUUGUGAAAACAAAGUGCCUAGAAGGUGUAGAUUUGCUGGUAGCGCUCACGAGAGCACUAAAAGGACGUGCAGCUACCUGCCUAACUAAAUUAAAUUUGAACGAUUUGACAUGGGAGUCAGUAAAGCAAAGAUUGAUGGCUCAGUUUUGUCGACCCAAGUUAUCACAAGACUACUUUGACGAAGUUUUACGUUUUCAAAUCGGGUCCAAGGAGACUGCACCAGAAGCUGGAUUACGCUUGUGGAAUAUGAUCGAACGAAUUCCUAAGACACAAUUGGAAGAAGAAGCGAUAACUGGUUUUGUCAUAUCUGUAUUGUGCCAAAAGGAUGGCAUUAUACGUCGCGAAUUGAAUGCCCAUGCUAUUACUACUAAAGCUCAGCUUUUCAGAAUCUUAGGCGGCAUUUCAAUUAAGCGACGAUUCGACGCCACUGAAACUCAAGAACCUGAAUCGAAGCGACCACGUACAACAGAUGCUAGAUUUCCUGGCAAAUGUCAUUGGUGUGGCAUCUCUGGACAUAGACAAUCUGAGUGCAGAAAGCGACGAGCAGAUACUUCUGCGACCUCUAACCAACAAGAUGCUUCAACUCCGGCGCGUACUUCCGAGAAGACUUCAACAGUAACUUGCUACAGCUGCGGGAAUCCUGGACACCUAGCUACGCAUUGUCAAGAAAAGAAGAGCACUAGUAAAGUUGCUGAAAGGAAGGAGGUCAACCUUUGUGAACAACGACUGUCGAGGGGUGUCUUGAGGACGUCGUCCGAACUGCAACACAAAGCGCCCGAGGACGGUCGCAUGUCAGUCCGGCCGUGACGGCGCUUCGCCAGCGCCAUCUUUUAGAUUACGGUGGAACUAGAUUGACGACUCUCAGCCGUCGGUCUGGCGGAGCGUUGGGUCGAUGGUUGGCGCCGCCAUGUUGAAUGUCAGAAUACUUUUGAUUUUCAACGAGCGCACCACGUCACCGACGAAUCGCUUUUGUUCUGCGUAAUCUUGCAUCAUUUUUGAUUGAAAGUGUUUAAAAUUAAGAGAAUAAGAGAUUUCCUAUCUACCAGUGUCUUUAUUUUGUGGAAAAUCGUUUUGAUUAGACAUUAAAUAGCAUAUGAUUGUGAAGUGA